AUGCCAAGCAGUCUGCGGAGAGAUCCAGCCCUAUAUCCAGUUGUAGCUCUUGAGGUUUGUAAAGGACCCUCUGGCAGUGAUGGACUCCCUUCGUAUAAGGGUCAGUCUGAGACACUAGAGGUGAAAACUCAGCACAACUCAGACUUGGACUACUUAGCAAGAGAUGGUCCUUCAAGCAACAGCUCCUUCCAUAGUAGCGAAGGAGAGGGGACAGAUCACGAAGGAGAUAUUUUGGAUUGUAGUGGGUCCAGGCCUUUACUGAUGGAUUCAGAAGAGGAGGAGGAAACCUGCAAGUUGCAGUCUGUGCCGAAGGAAAGACAUGAGGCUUCCAAAGAAGAUUCCCACUCCCAGUCUUCCCAGAGUAGAAUAGGGGAGACGCUGUUCCCUGCCUUCCAGCCGCACACGGGUGAGGUUUUCGAUGAACCGGAUGUUUUUGCCACGGCUCCUUUCCGAAGCUCGAGAAAAGUGCUUGAUGAGGUGGAUGUCUUUACCAAAGCUCCUUUCAUCUCCAAGGGCAACAUGGCUCUCAGACAUCCAGAAGAGGCAGAUGUAUUUCUGAGAGCACCUUUCACUAAAAGAAAAAGCAUGGAAGAGUUGACUUCUCAUAGUGUUCCUAAGGAACUGUUUGCAUCGCCUGUUUUCGUAAGUCAAACAGGUGAUGUCCAACAUGUGAUUAAUCCCAUGUUCCAAAGCCUGGAUGCAGCAAUGCAUGGGUCCACUGCCUUGGCUAGAUCUCAGUAUCCUUCCAUGGGGUUUAUUCAGCCAAUUAAUCUUCCACCUUCUUCCGUAAGAGCAAUGGAGACCCAGGAAAGCAUCCCUCCUACAUGCGUGCUGAAGGAGCGCGGUGGCAUGCCCAGUGAGAGAAACCAAGGAGGACAUGCACUCCCCCAGGAAGCCAUCCUGGGCUCAAUGGUUAACAAGCCUUUCCGUCCACAGUCCUUGUCAAAAUAUUCCCGUCACUACAGUCCAGAAGAUGGGCAGGGUCUCGAAGUCAAACCUAUAGCUGCUUACAAAGUGGUCUCUCAGACAAACAGACAGGCUAUAGCAGGAUCUGUCUCUAUUGCUUCUCUGUCUUCCAGGACUACAGAGCUGCCUAGUGGGGAUCCUUUUGCUUCAGCACCCUUUCCUUCCAAAUCAGGAAAGCAAAAGCCUUAA